AUGAAAAUUCAAGAGGGUGAAAAAUUAGGUGAAAAAACAGGUGAAAUCUCACCUCUUCACCUAAACAUUAUUUUUGGUGUAAAUUUCAUGAAAAUUCAAGAGGGUGAAAAAUUAGGUGAAAAAACAGGUGAAAUCUCACCUCUUCACCUAAACAUUAUUUUUGGUGUAAAAUUCAUGAAAAUUCAAGAGGGUGAAAAAUUAGGUGAAAAAACAGGUGAAAUCUCACCUCUUCACCUAAACAUUAUUUUUGUCUGA